UGUGAGUGGACAGUCAGAUAACAAAUCAGGAAUAUUAUCAGAUAUAUCUCGAUAUAAAUAUAAAGCCAUAAAAGCCAUACCGUGUAGAAACCAAAAUGAUUUAUCGGACAGCACUGGUGUUUGUAUGUUUCAGUAUGAAUGCCUCCAAUCUGGUGGCAAAUCAGUCGGUUAUUGUGUGAACAGUUGGCUUGUAGGCAGUUGCUGUAAAUUGCCACAAAAUAUUACACAACAAAUGUCUACACAAUCACAGUCACAACAAUCAACACUUAUGCCAACAGAAUCCCCAGAAUCUAUAAUUUAUGGAAAACCAACGUUUAGUCGAAAACCAAUACUUGCGUCAACAGUCACUACAUUACUAACUACUACUUCAACCACAACAACACCACCGCAAACAACUCAUAUCGACUUAACUAACAAUACAAAAAACAUGACAAAUACUGAACCAAUUAUUACAAACAAUAGCAAAAUAACUACCGAUUACUAUACAACUCCGUUGACAACAACUACCGGCACUCUGACCACAAAUUUAUCAAUAAAUGAAUCAAUUAUUACUUCUAUUCCUACAACUAUUACAACUUUACAGACAACUAAUCCACCCAUCACUGAGUCAGUCAUUACUUUACAAUCUAUAAUUAAAAAUAAUUCUUUUAAUGAGUUAAAUAAUAUCACUCUUUUGCCACUUUCAACACAAUAUCCUACGACAACCUCAACAAUCAUUGAGACAUUCAUUACUAAUAUUAGCUCUAUUUCUUCUAAUACAUCCAUUACUUCAUCUACUUUUUCAUCCACAACAAUGACAUCGUCAACAACAUUAACACCUGAAACAAAUGAUUCGUUUAAAGAGAUCCCAUUAAUAACAACUCAAAAGAUAGUAUCAAUACCAACAUCUCCAUCAAUACCGACAUCACCAUCAAUACCGACAUCACCAUCAAUACCGACAUCACCAUCAAUACCGACAUCACCAUCAAUACCGACAUCACCGACAUUAGUCACAUUAAGUCCAACUAUUUAUUCCGACACCACUCUCAUUGCUAAUGCAACGCAAGCAACAAAUGAUACGCUUUCCGAAACUAUCAAUACAUUCAACAAGUUUUCUAUUAAUAAUUCUAUAACAACAACAACUAAUAAACCAAUCAUUACUUCAACUUCAACCACGACAACAUCCGCACCAUUAACUACUAUUACAACAACAACUACUAGUACUACUACUACCAGACCACCGACAACCACCGUUAAAAUCAUAAGUGCCAGUUCAAGUACUACAACUCCUUCAACCACUACAAGUACAACAACUCCUUCAACCACUACAAGUACAACAACUCCUUCAACCACUACAAGUACUACAACUCCUUCAACCACUACAAGUACUACAACUCCUUCAACCACUACAACUAUAACAACUCCAUCAACCACUACAAGUACUCCGAAGACAACAACUAAUUUACCAAUAGUUAGCACAACAUUAACAAAAAAUUCUGAAAAUUUGUUAAAAAUUAAUUCAACAACAACUACAACGAGUUCAUCGGUAACAACAACACCGUUAUCAACGAAGCGGUGGACAACAAGUUUGCCUCAAAAUAUAACGAAAACAACAGCAAAGCCGGUGAUCACAUCUAAAGCAGUUUGCGGUAAAAGACAAGUAGCUCCUAAAGGACGUAUAGUUGGUGGCACUCAGUCAUCGUUUGGGGAAUGGCCAUGGAUGGUAUCAUUGCGUCAGUGGAAGAAAAACUCCUUUUUGCAUAAGUGUGGCGCAGCUCUUCUUAAUGAGUAUUGGGUGAUAACAGCUGCCCAUUGCGUUGAAAAUGUGUCGCCGACUGACUUAUUGUUGAGAUUGGGAGAGUAUGAUGUGAGUCAUGAGAGAGAGCCAUAUCCCUAUGUGGAGCGUCGGGUGCAGAUCAUAGCCCCUCACCCGCAGUUUGAUCCCCGAACCUUUGAGUACGACUUAGCUUUGCUUCGCUUUUACGAACCGAUUCACUUUCAGCGAAAUAUUAUACCAGUUUGUAUUCCCGAUAAUAAUACUACUUAUGUUAACCAAUGGGCUACUGUCACGGGUUGGGGGCGACUAUAUGAGGAUGGACCACUACCUGAUGUUAUACAACACGUGGAAGUGCCUAUAAUUACUAAUAAAGAGUGUGAAGGCAUGUAUAGAAGGGCCGGUUAUAUUGAAGAUAUUCCCAAUAUAUUUAUCUGUGCCGGUCUGGCCAAAGGGGCUAAAGACUCGUGUGAAGGAGACAGUGGCGGACCGUUAGUUUUAGAAGAUAAUGACAGAUGGAAUUUAGUUGGUAUCAUAAGUUGGGGAAUAGGGUGUGCUUUGCCUAAUCAGCCGGAAUGUGGUGUAAGGCCUUUGCGUCCGAUGGGUGGUCGGGUAGUGGGCGGGAGGAAUGCACAUUUCGGUGAAUGGCCAUGGGUUGUAUUAGUCAAAGAGGCCACUUGGUUGGGACUGUUUGUUAAAACCAAAUGUGGUGGAGUACUCAUUGAUUAUAAAUGGGUAUUAACCGCAGCUCAUUGUCAACCCGGAUUUUUAGGUACACUCGUUGUUGUUCUCGGAGAAUAUGACUUAACCGGUGAUAUUGAGAGCUUGAAACCAGUGGCCAAACGAGUCAAACGGAUGAUUGUUCACAGAGACUACAACCCAAAUACCUUUGAGAAUGAUAUCGCACUCUUAGAGUUGGAAAGUCCUUUUGAAGUGCAACCCCAUGUGGUGCCCAUAUGUUUACCCGAUGCCAGUGAUGAUGACUAUGUGGGCAAAGUUGCCUUUGUUGCCGGUUGGGGCAAAUUAAGUUAUGGUGGAUCUAUUCCGAGUAUCCUUCAAGUGGUCAAACUUCCGAUAUUAGCAAACAGUGAUUGUCAGCAAAUGUUUUUAGAUUCGGGACAUAUAAAGGCUAUUCGCGACACAUUUCUAUGCGCCGGUUAUCUCAGUGGUGGUAAAGAUUCGUGUGAAGGGGAUUCCGGAGGACCUCUUAUGUUACCACAAUCUGAUGGUCGAUGGGCUCUCGUCGGUACUGUUUCUCAUGGUAUCAGAUGUGCUGAACCUAAUUUGCCCGGAGUUUACAUGAAAACAUCAGCUUAUAAAGUAUGGAUUGAUAGUGUCAUCCAAUUCAACGGUUCCAAAGACAACUCCACCACAAUCACUACCAUUGCAAACAACGUCAGAAAAACUCUAGUUUUAUUAUGUUAUUAUUAGCUAAUAGGAUAUAUAUUAUAAAUAUAUUAAUACCGGUAUAUUAUUUUAUAAUGUGUCGACUAAAAGACAAAUUAUAUUA